AAAGACCUUUACUUAAAGUUUAAAAAGAAGCUCUCUUUUUUUUUUCUCUCUCUUUCGACCUCAUUCGUUGAAUCACUCUUCUUCUGGGUUCUUUACUUUUCUUGCCCUAGAUCUUAAAGCAGAGGAUCAAAGUCUACUCUUUUGAGAUCUGGGUUCGGACAAAGCUUUUAUCUUUCUGCAUUCUACUGUUUUGAUUCAGCUCAAAACUAUUUCAGGAAGGUGGGGUUUCAAAUGGGUGAGGCGCAGAAGACUUUUCAAGGGCCACGUCACCACACAUCUCUCAAGAAGCCCUUAUGGCUUGUCUUAACAGUUUCAGUGAUCAGUAUGCUUCUCAUUAGUACUCACAUGUUCCCACGACAAAGCAAAAUCUCCUCGGAGACUCUCAAUGCCUGGCUACCUGUUCAUGUAAGGAAACACAGUGAUGAGGAGGUAGCAGCUAGAGCAGUGGUCAGAGACAUACUUAGAACGCCUCCUUUCAUAACCAAGAACUCCAAAAUCGCUUUCUUGUUCUUGACUCCUGGGACUUUGCCGUUUGAGAAGCUAUGGGAUGAGUUCUUCAAGGGUCAUGAAGGGAAGUUCUCUAUUUACAUCCACCCGUCAAAGGAAAGGCCAGUUCAUAUCAGCCGUCACUUUUCUGAUAGGGAGAUUCAUAGUGAUGAGGUCACUUGGGGAAGGAUCUCAAUGGUUGAUGCUGAGAAGAGGUUACUUGUUAAUGCUCUUGAAGAUCCUGACAAUCAACACUUUGUUCUUCUUUCAGAGAGUUGUAUACCGUUGCAUACUUUUGACUACACCUAUAGAUAUUUGCUGCACUCCAACGUCAGCUUCAUUGAGAGUUUUGUGGAUCCUGGUCAGCAUGGUACUGGUAGACAUAUGGAACACAUGUUACCUGAAAUUGCAAGGGAAGAUUUUAGAAAGGGUGCUCAGUGGUUCACAAUGAAGCGACAACACGCUAUUAUAGUGAUGGCUGAUUGUCUCUACUACACAAAAUUCCGCGAGUAUUGUGGUCCAGGGAUAGAGGCAGACAAGAACUGUAUUGCUGAUGAACAUUACUUGCCAACAUUCUUCAGUAUGCUUGAUCCCACGGGGAUCUCGAACUGGUCAGUGACGUAUGUUGAUUGGUCUGAACGAAGAUGGCAUCCUAAGACUUACGCAGCACAUGAGAUUUCAUUAGAGUUCAUGAAAAAUGUCACCUCCGAGGAAAUGAGUACACACGUCACGAGUGUGGGAGAGCAUGGAGAUGAGCUGCAUUGGCCUUGUACAUGGAACGGGAUUACACGGCCAUGUUAUCUGUUUGCAAGAAAGUUUCAUCCUGAUGCUCUGGACACUUUGGUCAACCUCUUCCCUAACUACACAAGCACAGCUAUAUGA